AAACUUUUACUCAGUGCAUAUCUUAAAUAAAAAACAAACACACGUAUAUUUGGAAAACAAAUAGAAGAACAAAAAUUAUAUUUUUCGGCUUUUGCAAUUGUUUUGUUUUGUGCUUUUUUUUUUGUUUUCUUUUUGUGAAAAUUCAUUUGGCUAAUUUUGUGCUCAAUUUUAUCCAAAUAGUAGUAAAGGAACAACGAAGCUCUCUGACUUUCUUCAGCCAAUCCGGAUACGACUCCUCCCAAUCCUCGUGCUCCGGGUCUCGGAACGAUCAACUCGAUUCUUUUGCUGUGUGCAUUAACGGAAUAUUUUUAUGUUUGAUUUGUGUUUCGAAAAAGUUUUUGGUUAGAGAGUUAAUCCAGCAAUGGGCAAUGCAUUUGCAAAUAAUCCCUUUAACGAUGGAGAGAAAAAUAACCUCUUUAGUUUUUUUGGUAUACGUACGGCCAAUGAAAGAGAUGGCUAUGAUAUAGAUCAAUACCAGCAACGACAAGACAAAGAUCAUAGUUCGUCCUUUACGAAAGCUCCACCAGCAGCAGCACCGCCAACACCAACACCACCCCCACCACCGCCAACACCUUCCCCGACGACUGCUAACACAUCUGAAGAGCCAAUGAGUUGGAGACGAUGGGCAGAUGAAUUAAGUGACAAAUCAGAGAAGAGAAAUCCUGGCACAGUGGCCGAUUUACAUCGACGAUGUCGUGAGAUCAUACCGACACCAUUCGACGGUCUGAAGAUAAUCAAAAACAUGGCCUUAAAUGACCAAUUGGGCAUAGGACAUGCCCUAACAUUGUCAGUGCCUGGCAAUUCGUUGUAUCAGUUUAGUGCCAGUUAUAUUGGCGACCAUCAUCAUAUCGUGACCGGAGAGAAUUUUCCUACGCUGACGGGCGAAAUUGAUGCCAAGGGGAAUCUGACGGCCAAUAUUACCAACUAUUUGUCGGCGCGCAUACGCAGUAAAUUCAGUGCCACCAUGGUCGAUUCAGAGGUAGUGCACAGUCAACUGAGCGCGGAUUACUUGGGCGACGAUUUCACCUUUUCGCUGAUACUGAACAAUGUGGAUGUGAAGCAACGUACCGGUGUGAUAGUGGCCUCAUACCUGCAGGAGUUGAUGCCAACACUAUCAGUCGGCGUGGAGCUUAUCUAUCAAACCGAUGAAACGGUGCCGGGCGGUCAUGCGGCCGUUGUAUCCACUGUGGCGCGCUAUCAGAGCGGCAAUAAGCAAUGGUCGGGAUCGAUUAAUAUCAAUUCAUUGGAAUUGUGCUAUUCUCAGUCAUACGGCCAAUGCUUGCGUGCCUGUGUGGAAAUGCAGGCAGAUUUUCUGAAACGUCAAGCCCUCGGACAAUUGGCCUAUCAUUGCACCUUGCCGAGUGCUCAAUUCAAUUUUCGGGGUUGCAUUGAUACGCGUGGGGUAAUUAGCGCUGUGUGGGAGAAGCGACUGGAACCGUUGCCAAUGUUAUGGGUGAUUGCUGCUAGAAUGAAUCAUGUAUCGGGUAAUUUUCUUUUAGGCAUUGGCACGGUCAUGGAUUAGUCAACAAUAAGAAGUGACCCAGACGGUCAGACAGACAUACCGAGAGACAGUAAGAAGAGAGCUGAGAUGUGUGAUAUUUAUUCAAAACUUUUAUAUAUGUACACAUAUGUAUAUUGUAGGUACCUUGUCUUAUUCCGUAUACAGAAUGUAUGUCUUAGAAAAAGAACAGAAAGAAGAAACAAAUUA